AUGGGUUUUCUUGGUUUCGUAUUCGCAGAGUCUGAUGCUUCUGGUUUGCACGUGAGAUAUGGAUCUUCUGAAGAAAAGUUAUUUGAUCCUCUUUCAAACGAAGCUAAUAAAGCUCCUUCUGCUGCUAAGCUUUCUGAUCUUGCACUUUUUGAUCAAAAGCGCACCAAGAGUUACAUCCAUAUGAUUCUGUGGACUUAUGAGCACUCGACUCCUCCUAGUCCUAACUAUUUAACUCUUUCAUUCCAAACUCUCACGAAUUCAAAAACCAAUUCCAGUAAAAUUAUCAGCACCAAAUUUUUUGUUCAAAGAAACUCCGAGAUAACAAAAAACGGAAGAAAUGGAAAUCUUAGAGAAGCAGAAUCAAUCUUCAAUCAGUUACCUACUAAAAACAUCAUAUCUUGGACAUCAAUGCUCACUACCUUUGCUGAAAACAACGAAAUUACAAAAGCACGGAGAUUGCCAAUGUUUGAUGAAAUGCCUCAACGAAAUACUGCAACUCGCAAUGCUAUGAUUGCAGCUUAUACUUGCAAUACUUGUCACGUUAAUAAAGCUUAUGAAUUGUUUUGUAAAGUUCCUGAAAGAAUUGUGGUUACAUAUGCUGUUAUGAUAACGGUUUUUUUUCGUGUUGGAAUGUUAAAUGAAGCUGAGAAGAUUUACUAUGAAAUGCCUGAAAUUGGUAGAGACCUGGUUGUUUCAAAUGCAAUGAUUAAUGAGUAUUUGAAGCUUGGUGAAUUGGAGAGAGCGGUUUUUGUGUUCGAUUCUAUGGUCGAGAGAAAUGUCAUUUCGUGGAGUUCGAUUUCAGAUGGGUAUUGUAUGAAUGGCAAGGUUAGUGAUGCAGAAGUAUUGUUUCAGAAGAUGCCUGAGAAGAAUGUUGUUUCGUGGACUGCAAUGAUCAGCGAAUAUAUGAAGAGUGGGAAAUGGGUAAAGGGGUUUGAGUGUUUUUCGAAGAUGAGAAGAGAAGAGCACGUUGAAGUAAAUCCUACUACCAUAACGGUAAUUUUGGAUACUUGUACAAGUUUGGGUAGAUUUAAAGAAGGCUUUAUCUCACCACGAGAUGUCUGCAUUUUUUCCAUGGAUGCAGUUGAAGAUACUUUCACAAUCUCCCUCAAUACUAAAGUUUUGAAUCUGCUUUCCUUGAACCAAUUAGCCGCCUGCAACACUCCUAUAGCUUCUGCCUCUUGUGGAUCUAACCCUAUUGAUUGGCCUGCUCUUCCUCCUUCACAGUCUCCUGUGUCGCCUGCAUGUGACACUUGA